UGGAGGUUUUCAUAGGAUUGUUGCUGUAACCGUUGUUUAAUAUACAGUAAUAGCUAUAGGAAAAUAUAUGUACAGUAUUGAAUCGGACCCUUCUAAGCUUCUGAAACCAACAAAGGAUUAAGUCAUACCAUAAUUUCUAUUUGAGGGCUGUCAGAAGUGUCUAAUCAUGUUUUUGGUUGCUGAUUUAUACAGAGGUGAUCCUAACGCAGGUAUGAUGGAGUUUCAGGAGAAGCAGAGACUGCAGCAUGAGACCUUCAUGCACAAAGAGCUGGAGAAACUCCUGACCACUGCCAAGACAUCAGAAGUGGAGUUCUCCAGGAAGGACUUUGAGGGCUUCAAGAAGCUAUUUCACAAUUUCCUUCAGGCGAAGGGACCAUCCGUGGACUGGGCCAAGAUCCAGAGACCACCUGAGGACUCGAUCCAGCCCUAUGAGAAGAUUAAGUUGAAGGGUCUUCCUGCCGACGUGGCAUCCAGUCUUAAUAAACUGGCCGUGGUGAAACUGAACGGAGGUCUGGGAACCAGCAUGGGCUGCAAAGGACCCAAGAGUCUCAUCAGCGUCAGCAACGAAAACACUUUCCUGGACCUGACCGUCCAGCAGAUUGAGCAUUUAAACAAGACAUAUAAUGCAGACGUGCCACUGGUGCUAAUGAAUUCCUUCAACACAGAUGAAGACACCAACAAGAUCUUACAGAAAUACACACAUCACCGUGUGAAGAUACACACCUUCAACCAGAGCAGAUAUCCCAGAAUCAAUAAGGAGUCUUUGUUGCCAGUGGCCACUAACAUGGGCCUGACGGGCGAGAACGCAGAAGCCUGGUACCCGCCCGGCCACGGAGACAUCUAAGCCAGCUUUUACAACUCAGGACUGCUGGACAAGCUCAUCGCUGAAGGGAAGGAGUACAUCUUUGUGUCCAACAUCGAUAACUUGGGUGCCACGGUGGACCUGCACAUCCUAAACCACCUCAUGAGCCAACCCAGUGGAAAACGGUGCGAGUUUGUCAUGGAAGUCACAGACAAGACCAGAGCUGACGUAAAGGGUGGUACACUGACGCAGUUUGACGGUAAACUCAGGCUGCUGGAGAUCGCCCAGGUGCCCAAAGCUCACGUGGACGAGUUCAAAUCCGUCACCAAGUUCAAGAUCUUCAACACCAACAACUUGUGGAUGAGCCUGCCAGCCAUCAAAAGACUUCACGAGCAGAACGCAAUGGACAUGGAGAUCAUUGUUAACCCCAAGACUUUAGAUGGCGGGCUAAACGUGAUUCAGCUAGAGACCGCCGUCGGCGCUGCCAUGAAGAGUUUCGACAACGCGCUGGGCAUCAACGUUCCUCGUAGCCGUUUCCUGCCCGUCAAAACCACCUCUGACCUCCUAUUGGUCAUGUCUAAUCUAUACAGCAUGGAGGCGGGGUCUCUGACCAUGAGUCCCAAGAGAGAGUUUACCACAACACCUCAUGUCAAACUGGGCAGCUCCUUCACCAAAGUUCGAGACUUCCUGAAACGGUUCGAGAGCAUUCCCGACAUGCUGGAACUGGACCACCUCACUGUGUCGGGAGAUGUUACUUUUGGAAAACAAGUUACACUCAAGGGGACUGUUAUCAUUAUUGCUAAUCAUGGGGACAGAAUUGACAUCCCAGCUGGAGCGAUGCUGGAGAACAAGAUUGUUUCAGGAAACCUGCGCAUCUUGGACCACUGAGGCCAUUACAACCAAAAUACAACCAUUGCACAGACUUCAUGUCCAACAUGUCGUCUGGACUGUUGCAGGCUGUGUGUGUAUAUGUGUGUGUCAGAAAUAUGAGUGAUGUCAUCUAUAUGCUGUCCAUAUGAUUAGGAUAAGUACCAUCUAAAAAAUAUUUUUUUUGUAUAAUUGGUUAUACUGCUGUGUCGCUCACUCAGUGAUAUUACAGUCGAGUGUCAUACGUCACAGCAAAUGUCCCUUUAAAGACUGGUCACAGAUCAGCUGUAAUUGUUACAUGGUAGAUCACCAAAACAAUUACAUGAGUAAAUAAUGCAAAAAUAUUGAACCGAAAGCACUGUUGUUUCAAACCCACAAUGCCUACAUUUCAGUCUGUAGCCGUACCGUAUAAAGCCGUAUAGAUAGGACAGGAAUAAGGUCACAUGGGUCACUUUUAUGGAUGUUUCUAGCGCUUUAUAGAUGUGUCCACUGUGAAAUUGUAAAAACUGUGAACGUUCUUUUUAAAGUAACAGAACUUUUAGAGCGAAUGAGGGUAAAUAAUGACUAUGCUCUUGUGGGUGAACUGUUUCUUUAACACAACAAUCUGAAUGACUGAGGUUGUGCUUGAUGUCUGUUCAUUUCAAAACAGAAAUUAAAGUGAAGUUUU